UAUUAGUGCAUGUCCUCCGUCCACGUUCACGGACACACGGGACUUGCUCCUACGAGUGAGCCAUUCGGGUCCCACGCACGGCGCAGCUCGCCGAGCCUGUGCGCAGGUGCGCUCGCCGCCCCCAACCCGCCGCGGAUCGGCAGUGCGCCCCCGCGCGCACUCACGGUCACGCGCCCCGCAGGUGGAGCUGCCCUGCGGGCCCGCGGCGCCCCCCGCGCCCCUGCCGGGCCGUACCUCUCCGGUGGGCUGUGCAGAGGCGCGGCGCCCGUCCAUGGAGCCCGAAGGCCGGCCUCCGAGGCCCGCUCCCCGCCCCGCCGCGGCGACAGCGGCAGGAAUUGGGAAAGAGCAGGCGUUGCCGGGCCUCCUGUGGCGGCGGGGAAGGCGCGGGGCGACGGCCGGGCCGUUGGCGCACGUGGGGCGUUUCGCCUGGAAGCGCAGCAGCAGCCGGUGUGGCGUCUGCGGUGGCAGGGGUCCGUUCCAACUGCGAGCCUACAGGAUGGAGGAAAAACUAUACAGCAGCUUAGGCACACACUGAGGAAGGCCCCCUAACUUUCCAAGAUUUAGCAUCUAGGUCAGGUGGAAAAUCUUCAGGAAAAGAUCAAAGUGCUCCUACUUCUGCAGUUCUAAAAAUAUCUUUAAGUGCAUGAAAACAUGGAUAAUGCAUGGCAAGGACAAAUGCUGUAAGAGAAACCCUAGGCUGAGAUCAAAUGUCAAUCCUCAAAACCCGGAGGCCCAGGACAAUUUUCUGUUGCAUAUCUAGUUCCCGGUGUCUGCUAAAAGAGAAAGAUUACAAUUGGUAAAAAGGAUACGAGGGAGAUGUCUCAGAUUUCCUGCGGAGGAAACUGGUACGUGUGGACGCCCCACAGCUGCGAGGACUACUUCCCACGCUCACCACGCCUGCUGCCACCUGAACACCACAGUCUGUCCCACCUGUGCUCGGAUAAAGGCUAAUGUCAAAGACAAGUGGCAAUCCCAAUUUCCAAGUGAAUUUGGGAUGGUGUAUGUGUGACAAAUGGCACUGUCCAGUCCUCUUGCUAAGGACUAGUCACUUAUCUUUAGAUGUGCAAUGGGGUGCAUAUGCUUGGCUAUAUAAAAGGAUAAAGUUUC